GAAUUGCCUAGCAUGUCGUACAUGACCAGAGACGACCUUAACAAAUACUUGAAAAACCUGUCAUCUCCUACACCUCAACAGCAAACUCCUGCACCAACACCACAAGCGCCUAAAACUCCACAAGACUAUGCGUCUGAACGAAGAGCUUCGUCCUCAACGGGCCUUCGUGGUCCUCGACCUCCCAGCAUCUCUAGUCCCCGAACUAGUUUUCAAAAGAACUCGUCUUCGGCCAGUGUCGAUGAUCUGAAGAACGACCUCUCCUAUCCGUUUGAGCGCAAGCUAAAUCUUAAUGAUUCUAGCCCUAUUGCCAAGAGCGCUCAGAAUUUACAAAAUGCUGUUGGCAUGACCGCCAAUAGACCCCCUCCUCCAGUGAAAGCCAAGCCGGCUAAUCUUUCUCGAAGCUCUAGUGUGGCCAGCCAAGAUGCCUUUGAAGCCUCCUUGACCAAAGGAAAGCCGUUACCUCCAGCACAUCCCAAGCCUUUCACACAGCCAAAGGUCAGUACACAACCAUCCAUGCAUCCACCGCCUAGCUCCACGGAAUUACCUGCACCUUCACCAUCAUCGCCAUCACCAAGCGCAAACGAAAAGGUGUCUGUCCCCAACCCUCUCUAUUCGAGUAUUCUGUGUGCAGGAUGCAGUAAACCCAUCAGUGGAGUGGUGAUCAGUGCUAUGAACAAGCGUUGGCAUGCCAGCUGCUUCAAAUGCAAGGAAUGCGGUGAACAUUUGGAGCAUAUGGCUUAUAACGAGAAGGACGGUGUUCCUUAUUGCGCAUUGGACUUUCAUGAGAAAUUUAGUGUGAAAUGCGAUUAUUGUCAUACUCCUAUCGAAGAGAAUAUUGUUAGUGCGCUUGGCAAGCAUUAUCAUCCGGGCCACUUCUUUUGCAUUGAAUGUGGCCAUCCUUUUGACGGUGGCUAUUUGGUACAUGACGGCCAAGCCUAUUGUGAGAAAGAUUACCUCCGAAAGUUUGGACAAAAAUGUAUGGGAUGCGGUGAAUAUAUCACGACUGGAGAAUUUGUGAAUGCCUUGGACGGAGAUUGGCAUAGAGACUGUUUUGUUUGCACGGAAUGCAAGGAGCCGUUCGAAGCAGAUCGAUUCUAUGUGAGGGACCGCAAACCUUAUUGCCAACAGCAUGCCAAGGCAUCCAAGUCGUCCAAUGUUAAAACGUCUAAUAUCUGUGCCGGUUGCGGAGAUUAUAUCGAAGGAAGAGCAGCAUCUGCGUUGGGUCAGAAAUGGCAUCCCAAUCAUUUCCAAUGUGUAUCUUGUAAAAAGGAGCUGUCAGCUAGUGUACCUGGUAUGUGGCAGGACAAUGGCAAUGCAGAGCCGAUAUGUAAAAUGUGUGCAAGAAAAAUGUAAUGAAGCUGUAAAAUAAUGGGAAUUCGAUCAAACGUUUGCGGGGGAAUCACAAAAUAAAAUUGAUUGACAGACCGUGUGGAGAAAGCAGUAGUAAUAAUCACAUGGAAAAAAAACAAAGAAACGUUUCUUCCAGAGGCUGCUGCUACUUUUCAUCUCAACAUUCUCCAUGGCAUCCAUAAAGUAACACUCAUCAGCAAUAUCUGCUCUACGCUUUCUCGCUCCACUCACGUCGUUUUAUCCAUUUUGUUCAGCGCUCGACGUACUUUGGCUACUUUCGCUAACCAGGCCAAGAUCCCAAGAUUGCCCAUCCCGACUCUUCAGGAAACUGCGGAACGC